CGCUGACCGUAUAUUGAAGUCCUUAGUGUUUUCCCUGGGUAACUCUUUGCUUUCUCAUGUUUAAGGGCAUUAAAACACGUCGCUGCUCCUUGUGUUGCCCUGGAAAGCAGGAGGAAUUCACUAUUAGUCCGGGAACAGGAAAGCUGCAGUGUGGAUGGCCUCGGCCAGGACGCUUUGUGUCCUUGUGCCUGAGGUGAAGUUUGGCUGCUGCCGGCUCCUCGCUCCCCAGCUUGCGACGGGGUGUUUGGUGGGCUGGAGGAGAGGUGGCCCAGCCUGAGCAUGGUCAGGGAAGCGGUCACAGGUGGCAUUUUUUCAGGAGAAACCUUUCCUCUGGUGUUAAGACUAAGAAAUGCUGGGAGUACUCCCAAGGGAAGUCUUAAUUUGGGGCCAAAAUAAACUCUCAAGCUCGAGCUCCCUUCCUGGGGUCACUUUCCCAAAGGCUGGUGUAAGAAAAAGGCUUUUUCUGCCUGCUCCGUACUAUAUUUAAUAGCUGACAGAGUGCAGGGUAGGGAUUUGGUUACAGCGAUGUUGUGAUGUGGCUGCUGCCGCCAGACGCUGCGGGGCACUGUUGCCCGUGUGCUGGGCGGUUUGGGGAGGCCCCGACACCCCCCGUGGGUGUGGGGGGUAAUGCAGGGCUCAGGGGUUCCCCUCCUCGCCGCGUCGCUUCGAGGAGGGCAGCGCGCCGGCGGAGCGGAGCCCGGUGCGGAAGGCGCCCGCUGCCCCCGCCGUGGGAAAGCUGCUUUGGGCCUGAUGAAAACCCCGCGGCGGUGAUGAGUGUGGGGAUUUGUACUUCACCAUGAAGUGGUGUCUCUUGGGUUUUUCCUUUUUUCUGUGGAGAUGGACGAAGGUGUUGAGGAGACAUGGGUCUGAGGUUGUGUCUGGCUGCAGUCACGUCUCGCGCUCUUCAGCGAGGAGCCGGAGCUUGUGAGCUGUGACCCGAAGCGUUGACAACAGCGAGUACAUGAGGAAUGGAGACUUCUUACCCACUCGCCUGCAAGCCCAGCAAGAUGCUGUCAACAUCGUGUGCCACUCGAAAACCCGCAGUAACCCCGAGAACAACGUGGGGCUCAUCACCUUAGCCAAUAACUGUGAAGUGUUGACCACGCUCACUCCAGACACGGGCCGGAUCCUUUCAAAGCUGCACACGGUGCAACCCAAAGGGAAAAUUACCUUUUGCACAGGGAUCAGAGUUGCUCACCUGGCUUUGAAGCAUCGCCAAGGCAAGAACCACAAGAUGCGAAUCAUCGCCUUCGUUGGGAGCCCUGUAGAAGAUAACGAGAAAGACCUGGUGAAGCUGGCAAAGCGUCUGAAGAAAGAGAAAGUCAACGUUGAUAUCAUCAAUUUUGGAGAAGAGGAAGCCAACACGGACAAGCUGACCGCCUUCAUCAACACCCUGAACGGCAAGGACGGCACCGGCUCCCACCUGGUGACGGUGCCGCCGGGGCCGAGCCUGGCCGACGCCCUCAUCAGCUCCCCGAUCCUGGCCGGGGAGGGAGGUGCCAUGCUGGGGCUCGGCGCCAGCGACUUCGAGUUCGGGGUGGACCCCAGCGCCGACCCGGAGCUGGCUCUGGCGCUGCGGGUCUCCAUGGAGGAGCAGAGGCAGCGGCAAGAGGAGGAGGCCAGGAGGGCUGCGGCCGCCUCUGCCGCCGAGGCUGGGAUUGCGGCCACCGGCGGGGACGGUGAGGGCAGGGGGAAAGAUUCGGACGAUGCUCUGCUGAAGAUGACGAUAACUCAGCAGGAGUUUGGCCGGGCCGGGCUGCCCGACCUCAGCAGCAUGACGGAGGAGGAGCAGAUCGCCUACGCCAUGCAAAUGUCGCUGCAGGGAGCGGAGUUUGCGCAGGCGGAGGCGGCCGAAGUGGACAGCAGCACAGCCAUGGAUACCUCCGAGCCCGCCAAGGAGGAAGACGACUACGACGUGAUGCAGGACCCCGAGUUCCUGCAGAGCGUGCUGGAGAACCUGCCGGGCGUGGACCCCAACAACGAGGCCAUCCGCAACGCCAUGGGCUCGCUGGCCUCGCAGGCUGCCAAGGACAGCAAGGACAAAAAGGAGGAGGAGAAGAAGUGAGGGCGCCGGGGGGCGGCGGGCGGCUGCCGGCCCGCGGGGGGUGGCCCGUGGGGGCAAUAAAGGCUUUGCUAUGGG